AUGCAUUCCACACCAGAAGAGAGCUUGCCGCCGGCGCCGUCGUCGCCGUAUCCUUACCACAAAUCAUCAGUGACCAGCCCGACGAUAGAACAAAUUGCCAUGGGCUUGCACAUAUCUCGUACACCUCACUUAGUCUCUUCCCCACGCACAUGCCACGCCCGAAGUCGACAUUCUGACACUCCUGAAACUCCUCGGUGCGUUUCAACUCCACCACGCCCGAGUCGGCCCCUACAUUUCAGGAGGGGCUCAGCACCCGCAAUCUCUCUCCCACCUCCACCGGCACGUUCUUCUCUGAAGAAGCCGGCGUCCAUCUCAAAUCCGCUCACUCCGUCCGACUCAAACGCGUCGCUAUCGACGCUGACGUCCACGGCGCCAAGUACACCGCAUUCAAACCGGAGCGCGUCAACCUCUACAUCGCGCUCCGUGUUCUCGUCGAAACUGCAUCUUGGCAUGCGCUUACUCCUCCCAGGUAGGAAGAGUUCCGCGUCGAGCACGGCAACAACGUCGGACGAUGGCUCGGCUUCGUCGGAGCUAACUCCGCGAAAGGUUGUCCGUUUUUCCGCCGUGUCGGGCGAGCUCGAAGAGAGGCCCUAG